AUGCAGCAUCAUCCAGAAAUUCACCAUGUUUCCAAAGACCCUGGCCAUCCUUACGCAGUCACUCGAAACAUAUCCUUUGACUAUUUUGACCAAUCAACUUCUUCUGCCCCUUUUGGAUAUGAGCACUAUGUCUCUCUCCCGCCUUCAUAUGACUCGGAGCCUGCAAAACAGUGGCCACUGAUUCUUUUUCUCCACGGUGCCGGGGAGUCUCAGCGCGGCGCUAAUGAGUCCUAUGUGUCUAUUCGACAUGGAAUUCCCAAAAUCAUACUUUGCUAUGACAGAGUGAAGUCCGGAAUGAAUCCGCCCUCAAUACAAAUUCCGCUAGCCCCUCGCCUUCUAAAGAGGAAUCCAAAUGGUUCGGACCUGUCGUCUGAGCCUGUGCCCGAGGAUGUGUGCAACCUCGUUGCAGAAAGAUUUAUCACUGUUACACCUUCCCUGAACAUGGAAUGGGGGUAUGGGUGGAAUAAUCAGGUACUGUCGAGCUUGCUUGAUGAAAUUGUCCAAUCGUAUCGAGUUGAUGUCGACCGAGUCCACGUCACGGGGUUUUCUAUGGGAGGCUAUGGCACAUGGAAGCUGGCCAUGCAGACGCCGGAACGUUUUGCAAGUCUUGUCCCUGUAUGUGGAGGAGGUGAUUCAUUAAGGGUGAAGAACAUCAGACACGUUCCUCAAUGGGUUCAUCAUGGAGAUCUUGAUGACAUCAUUCCUGUGCGCCAGUCUCAGGAAAUGGUCAAGGCACUGCAGAAGGCCGGAGCACCAGACGUCCGAUUUACUCGACACCCGGACGCUACGCACGAUAGCUGGACGAAUGCUUAUAAUAAUGUUGAGCUUUUUAAAUGGAUGCUUGCGCAGAGAAGACAGGUCAAGGGCGAAGAGAUUGCAAUUCCCGAGGACGACAAGAUUCAACUAUCGUAA